AUGUCCGACAAUAAACCGUUGGUAUCAUCAGAACAUUUCAACUGGAGCCUGACUAGCCAAGCCGGAAGCGCUAGGGUCGAGACCCGUCGCUCACAUCCACUACGCAAUGGGGGCAUCGCUUACGCCCAACGGUAUAAUGUGAACAAGGAUCUUUUCUGGACAGCGGCGAAACAGGAUAGAGCGCUAUUUAGCGAGCCAAAUCUGGAGGGGCUGACGUGCCCGCCUUCGCUACUCGAUGCUUGGAUCGUCGCUGCUCGACAAUAUCGUAAUGCCGGGUUAGCGACAUCCGAUAAAUCUGCACCCAAACUCAAGCGGCUUCGCAAAGUCUUUCAAGCUAUGAAAGCUCGAAUAGGGUUCGCACUAGACAGUUCUGUGAACACGAGUUUCGGUGUUCGAGAAGAGUACCGGAUUUCUUGGGAACUGUGUACAGUCCUGAAUCCUGUCGCUUUGAACUUACAAGGCCAACAUCGUUCGUUCUGGGUAUUGCCAACUGCUCAUGUCAACAGAUUUAUGCGUUGGGAAUUCAACCGUUGGCUUUCUGCGAUCGAAUUUGUUAAAUCUCGAGCAAGUCGUCGAGAUGCUAAUUGGGAAGAUCAUCAGCGAAACAUGAUCAUGGCCACUAUCCUUCUUCGUUCAUUGAAGGCCAGUGUCAAUUGCCAUCAUGUGGCCAGGCGCUCGCAAAUGUUCAAAGACACGUACAAAAAUAGGAAGGGCAAACCUCUUCGCGGCUUAGACUUUGAGAGCAGUAUGCGUCACACAGGUUUAGCCUGGUUACCUCGCGAUCUUUUCCAUUGGUCCAACUUCCACCUACAAGACGAUCUUGUAGCUUCAACUACCUUCACAUUUAACGGGCUUCAGGGCGUUUUUCGCAACUGGAAAGAGGUGGAGUCUGCGAGUAAGGAGUACAGUAAAGCCGGAGACCAUGUAAUCGUCGAUUAUGAACUUGAGAAUGAUGAACUUCGGUUGGCUCGAGAAGGAUACAACGGCCUGAGCUUCGACAUCAUUCACAAGCUGACCGGCGAGCCUCCCUAUCUGUCCUAUCAACCAUUCAGAAGUGAUCUUGCGGGCUAA